AUGAGGUCCUUUUUCAGUGGCCGGUCCCCACGGCUCCGCUCGAGCAAUGCCUGGGACAUGCUCAGUGGGGCCCGCCGUGGCAUAUCGGAGGCCCGCCUUCCCAACGCUGAUGGGGCCCCUAAGCGCCCCACAGAGAGCUCUGAGAGGCCUCAUGGGGCCUCCAGGGACCCCGUAUCUGCCCGCGGCGCCAACGCCGCAGAAGACUGCCUGGACGCCCACCGCGCGUUUGGGGCGCUGUUUGAAGAGGAACGCGUGCCUGUCGACGAGUUUGGGAGCCCCUCUUAUAGGCCACCAGUAAACGUACAGAUUCAGAGGGGAGGGGGCCCUCCAGGCUCGCGGGGGCCCCCAGGGUCACCAUCUCCCGGCAGCACGCGGAUGUUUGGGAAGUCCCGUUUCAACGUCAAGGGCCUCAAAGACAAUGAGUCCCUUUACCAGCCUUCGCUGUGGCAGCAGCUGCUGAAGCAAGAGCAAGACAAGCGCAUGCAAAGGCACGCGCGCGCCGCUAAGCGUACAGUGCAGGUCUUGGGCUCCAAGGCAGCACCGAAGGUCAUUCAAAGCCCCAGCCCCGCGAGCCCCCACAGGAUGCUGCCCGAAGCAGCUGCAGCCCCAGACGAUGGGGCUUCUGGCCCCCGAGGCCUCCCCCAGGCAGCGAGAACUGGGGGGGGUCUCCACUCCCCCAGAGCCCCCAGCGAAGUCCACGAGGCUACAGCGCCACGCCCGCCUCCAGACUGGCGGGACCUGUCGGACCUGCAGCAAAGUGUCGAGCUGCAUGCACGGAUAAGGCCAGCAGAGCUGCCGGGGAGCAGCAUGCAUGGCAGGGGGCCCCAGGGGGCAACUGGGGCCCCGGAGGCACUUGUCGCUGAGCCAUACGAUGGCCCCCCCCUGCCUCCCGAUCCACUCUCUGAGGACCCUGGGCUUGCUGCUGCUUCCGCUGAGCAGCCCGUGGCAGCGGAGGGAACAGAAGAGGCAGAGCUAAUUGAGACUGAAAGCCCCGUGGCCAAAGCUGCGCAUGCAGCGCGCAUGCCGCGAGGUCUUUGGGAAAAACUUUCUCCCCAGCACCUGCACACGCAGCAGCGGCUGAUGAGAGCCAAGGGCCCCGAGGCCAUCCUGGAGGCGAUUGCUGCAGCAGGAGAGGCUGUGGGGGGAACGGCCGCUGCAGAGCCUCCCUCGACGGAGAAGGCUGCUGUUCCUGCUGCUGCUGCUGCUCCUGCUGCUGCUGCUGCUGAAGCUACACGACUGCACCUGGCGCAGCACUUCGGGCUCGACCCUGUGAACGCAGUGACUGCUGUGCACCGUCUGGGGCGCCUCGUGAGCCCCUACACGCGAAGCUCCGUAGUUUCUGACCGCCGCUUUCUGCUGCUGCUGGAGGCAGCGCAUGCAGCGCUGCCGCUGCUGGACCCCCAGGGGGCCUCGAACAUGCUGUGGGGCCUCAUGCGCCUGGAGCACCCCCCUCAGUGGCUGCCUCAGUUGUUAGCUCGCUGCGGGGCUCUGGCUCCAGAACUUUCUCCCCACCAAGUGGCCACUUGCCUGUACUGCCUCAGCAUGCUGCCGGCCUGUGCCUCUCUGGCUGAGGGGAGGGCCCUGCACGGGGCCCUUCUUGAGGCUGUGCAGCGAGUGACUCCCCACAUCCAGCGCCCCCUGGACCUCACCUGCGUCUGCUGCGCCUUGGCCCGGCUGCGCGUGAGAGACUUCGGCCUUUUUGGGGGCCUCGCAGCACGGGCCAAGGCCCUGCUGCCGCAGCUGUCAGUUUCCGAGCUGGCCUCCGUCUCGUGGGCCUUUGCCGCCGUGGGCGUGGCGGACAAGGGGCUCUUUGCGGCGGUGCAGCGCAGGCUCGAGACGGAGGCUGAGCUCUGCGCCCCGGGGGAUGUUGUGCAGCUGGCCUGGGCCUUAGCGCGGACGCUGGAGGACUCAAAGGACUUGUUCGACUACACUCUAACCCCCAUCAUUAGGGGGGCCCUCCCUCAAUUAAAUGCCCGCCAGCUCUCAACGAUCGCCUCGGCCUACGCCCAGGCAGGGGUGCAAGACGAAGAGCUUUUGGCUGACUUGAGUGUGACGAUGCUGCCGCACUUGAGCGCCUUCAGCCCUCAGCAGCUCGCAACCACCGCGGUGGCCUUCGCAGUUCUGGGGUACUCCAACGCGGAGUUCAUGAAAGUCUUGGCUGAAAAGGUCGUCAGCCAGUUGCCUUCAUUUUCUCCAAAGCAGCUCUCACGCACAGUUUACGGCUUGGGCGUUGGGGGGUGUACAGACACUCGAGCUCUCGACAGCUGCUGCAGCAUGCUGCAGCAGCGUUUGCAUGCGCUGCCUCCAGAAGGGGUGGCGCAGGCCCUCAUAGGGCUCUCUGAAGCGGAGUACCUAUCACACCCGGCGGUGCCUCAGCUCCUGCGCGCCGUUGGACGGAAGGUGGAACGGCUUUUUGCGGAAGACUGCGUGCAGCUGCUGCUGCUGCUGAGCAAGGUCGACUGCGCUGCUCGUCCUCCCCAGCUCCAGCAGCAGCUGCAGCACCAGCUGCAGAUCAAACUGCGCAGCCACUGGUGCCUGGACUGCGCGAGCCUGUGCGACCUGCUGCAUGCGCUGCUGUUGCUGCGGCUGCCGGACCCACAGCUGCUGCAGCUGGCCAUGCGCCGGCUAGCCUACUUGCUGGGGCGCGCCUCUACCCGGGAGUUUCUGCGCCUUUUAGGGUGCUUUGCAGCCCUGCGGGCAGAAGAAAGGCUGCUAAUCCGCACGCACAUCCACAGACGCCUCAAGGUGCAGGCUGCCCUCUCUGCGCAGCUCCAACGGCUUGCAGGCAUGACAAUCGAUCCCGACUCCACCGCAGCGCUGCUGUUUGCCUGCGCGCAGAUUGGAUUCGUAGACGACGCUUUCAUCAAAAUGGCUGAGGGCCUGCAACACAAGAUAGAAACAGAAGGAGAGGCCUUGGCGCUGCCUUCUCUUUGCCACUUUCUUUGGGCCACUACGGAGACCCACUUCAGUCUUGGCUGGACUCGGAGCGUGCUGCGCUACGUGCUGACCCGGCGCUAUGGAGCAAAGGACCCCCCUGCAGCAGCUGCUGCACCAGAGGAUUCCCCAGAAGCAGCAGGCGCUGCACCUGGGGAAUCAUCCGUUUCAUUUCUGGCUGCAGAAGAGAGAGAGGCAUUCUGCGAAGCCCACCAGCUCGGGAGGUACAGGGGGGGCGAGACCUUGCCGCCUGGCCUCGACAAGGGGGUUCUGCAGAACACAGCAGACGCGGGGGACGAUCACCCGCACGCCUCAGCGCUUGCUGAGAGUCUCUUGAGGCUGGCGUUUGCCUGCGUCUCCCUUGGAGAAGAAGACUACUUGCUGCCUCUACUGGAGGAAGCCGCAAGUCUCUACGGACCUCGGCUGCCUCUGGAUCUGCUCCCGGCGCAGCAGGUUUGUCUCCAUGUCUCUCGGUUUGCUGGGCCUUCGUUAGGGGGCCAGCCCUCAAAACAGCUGAAGGGGUGGCUGCAGUCGGUUUUGGGGGCCCCCCGGUACGACGUGUUCCACAAGGGGAGUCACCAGAGCAAGUAUGGCCCCGGAACGUCUCGGCUGCGCGUCAAGGACUACAACUAUGACGCUUGGCUCUCUGAGCCCCUCAUACAGAUGAGGAUACCUCACAAGGUCACUUUCGUGUUGGAAGAUAUCUACAGAGUCAGUGUGGCGUUCCCAAUCGAAAAGCAUCUCAUUGACGACCUUCUGGCGCCAUCUAAUAAGCCUACGGCCACCGCAGAGUUGCGCCAGCGCCAGCUCACUUUUCUGGGCUGGACUGUGCACUCUGUGCACCUGAGAGCCCUGUACUCUGCAGUCCUCGACCGCAACCUGAGGAGCUUUGUUGCACACAUUGCAGCUGCUUGCUGCCCGCAAGCCGCGGAGUUCGCCAAUUUCACAAAUCCUAGCCAGCAGCAGCAGCAGCAGCAGCAGCCCCCUGCAGCUGCCGAGGAUCUGAUCUCGUCUGUGAGCUCGCUGCUGGGCACGGACACCCUUGAGCACUUGCCGUCGCUGCAGAGUAGAAGGUUUGAAGCCUUCGAACUCGACGACGAUGAUCUCGGAGAAAAUGGCACUAACGGCCACCCCCGGCGGCUCCGGAUUCCCCGGGGCCGCAAGACUGUGGCUGAAGGAACUUCUAAGGAGGUUGUCAGUGGGAGAAGCAUAUCUCCGGAUGAGCCCCUGAGCCCUGAUGGCGCGGAGUGGGCCGGGGCGGGCCCUGGGGGAGCAGCAGCAGCUGCAGCUUCUUCUGUUGACUCUAAGCAGGCCCAAGAAGCCCUUGAUGCAGAUGCUCAAGUUGCUUUUGAGGCUCUCGAGUCUCUCAAGCAGGCGUACGGCAACGCAGGCAGCCGAUGA